AUGGGAAAAGUAAACCAAUCUGUGAUUUCUGAGUUCAUUUUCCAAGGACUUUGUACCUCAAGGGAACUACAGAUCUUCCUCCUGCUGCCUUUUUCCACCCUCUACCUGAUGACUGUGGUAGGCAACCUCUUUGUGGUGAUUUUAAUCAUCACUGAUCAUCAUCUUCAUUCUCCCAUGUACUUCCUGUUAGCCAAUCUCUCAUUUAUUGACUUAUGCAUUUCCUCAGUUACUACACCCAAACUGAUCAUAGACCUUGUAAAAGAAAAUAAAAUAAUUUCCUAUGGAGGUUGCAUGAGCCAGAUCCUGUUUGCGCAUUUCCUUGUAGGGAGUGAGAUGGUUCUACUUGUAACAAUGGCCUAUGACCGUUAUGUGGCCAUCUGUAGGCCACUCCACUACACCAGCAUCAUGGACACACAGAAGUGCAUCUGGCUGGUUGUGAUAUCAUGGAUCAUUGGAUUUGUGCAACUGCUCCUGAUUUUGGAGCUACCUUUUUGUGAACCUAGAGUGAUAGACAGUUUUUUCUGUGAUAUUCCUUUGGUGAUAAAAUUAGCCUGCAUCAAUACUGAUACUCUGGGAAUUAUGAUAAAUGCUGACAGUGGUGUUGUUGCAACAGCUUGCUUCAUUUUCUUGCUGAUAUCUUACACUUACAUUCUAAUAACUGUUCAGCUUCGCUCUAAAGGUUCAUCAAAGGCACUCUCUACCUGUACCUCCCAUAUCAUAGUAGUUGUGCUAUUAUUUGUGCCUGUCAUUUUCAUCUAUCUGUCGCCUGUCAGCAUCACAUGGCUGGACAAGUUUCUUGCUGUAUUUUACUCAGUCAUCACACCUCUCCUGAAUCCAGCUAUUUAUACACUGAGAAAUAAAGAUAUUAAGAAAGCCAUAAAGAAGAUGAUAAACCACACGUGA